CGGAAAAACUGCUCUGUCUCGUUGAGUUUGUUCCAGGACACUGAGCCAAUAAGAAGCCUUCGUUUCUGUGGUCCGGACUCCCCGACAGAUCAGACCUCCCUGUGCUGCAGUCUAUUCAUCGCCACCGUCAAGGAUCUAAUGUGACACAUCUCAAUCCUUGACUGACUUGGAUGAUUCACACCAGAGGCCACCAUGCAGCGGUGCAACACAACGCUUUGUCUCUCUGUCUACAUCGUAACCUUUGUGUUGGGCCUCCCAGCCAAUGUCCUGGCCUUCUACACUUUCUGUAAAAAAGUGAGGCAGAAACCCACACCGAUUGACAUCCUGCUCCUCAACCUGACCAUUUCCGACCUCCUCUUUCUCCUCUUUCUGCCCUUCAAGAUGCAGGAAGUGAUGAAUGACAUGAUCUGGGAUAUGCCCUACGUCCUCUGUCCGCUGUCUGGCUUUGUCUUUUACAUGACUAUCUACAAUAGCACCUUCUUCCUCACGGCUGUCAGUGUAGAGCGCUACUUGGGUGUGGCUUUCCCCAUUCGACACAGUCUGAAGCGGCGGCCUGUGUAUGCUGUCGCUGCCAGCAUCUUCUUCUGGAUUUUCUCCAUUGCCCAACUCAGUAUUGUGUUUAUUGUACCCUUUAUUGGCCCAGAACACUUUCCAGUUACCACUGAAAGCCACAAUGCCUCAGCUAACUCUACCAUUGGUAACAGCCGGGUUGACGUAUGCUAUGAGAAUUUCACUGAGCUUCAGCUGGAGGUCCUCCUGCCUGUGCGCCUGGAGCUCUGUGUGGUACUUUUCUGCAUCCCUUUUUUGAUUUCUAGUUUUUGCUACAUCAACUUCAUCAGAAUUCUCUCUAAGCUACAACACAUUGACCGCCGCCGCCGCCUCCGGGCCAUGGGCAUGGCUUUGGGAACGCUGCUGGUGUUUGCUUUAUGUUUUGGACCCUACAACAUCUCACACAUUGUGGGUUUUAUAAACUGGAAAAGUCCUGAGUGGAGAGACCAGGCCCUGCUGUGCAGCACCUUCAACGCCUGUUUAGACCCUCUAAUUUUCUACUUUUCAUCCUCUGCUGUGAGAGGGAAUGUGGGUAGUGUGAUAGAAGGGGUUAAAAUCCGUCUCCAGAGGUGCAUGUCUUGUCACCUGCUCCAGGCCUUGUGCGGGGGAAUUACCAAGACUACACAAGAUAAGGAACACACGCAAGAGGAGAUCAAUGCUAUCUGAGCUGACAGAAAGGGACCUGUAAGCAGCUGCCUUUACUGUUUUCUUAUUUCUUCAUCCCCGAAAGCAGAAAAUUAAUGCCAUGUUAAUGUUUACACAUUUGGGAAAAUGACUUGGCUUUAUUCAGUGCAGUACAUUUUUGUUUGAUGAGAUUCCUUUUUGGAAAUGAGACAAGACAGGUAACCUUCAGUCUUCCUGAGCAUGCCAUGCCAAUUUUUUAUGCAGUGCAACGGGUAAAACCACAGAGACAGCCUACUUUGAACUGUCACCAGGAUAUAAAAACAUUUCUUGCACAGAGUCACAGAAGUACUGAGCUCCUUAAAUGCAGGCAGGUGGAAGCACUGCAGUAGAGAUGGUAACAAAAUGAAUAUCUAAGCAAAAGCUUUGCACGUCAUCUCUCUGCAAUUAGAGAUUAAAUGUUCUAAUCAACAUCUUUAGUCAUGCACAGGAUAUUGUUUGCAACAAUAUGGUCAUUAUGUGUCAAGCAGCCAUGGCAAAAGAAGAAGAAGAGGCAGAGGAAGAGGAAAUGUGAGCUCUAAAUGUAGGAUGGUUUGCUUCCU